GUCUUCAAUUUUAGACCGCGGGAGUUGUGUUUCGUCGCUCUAGUAGUUAACUUCGAUUUCGAUACUAGAAAAAAUUGAUUGCAUAAGUUGCUGAUAUAUAAUUAGUGUUUGAAUUCUAUUUAAAGUAUGGCGCAAUUAAUUAGCGUUAAAUUAUCUCGAUUCGACGCUUCUCCGUGGGGGUUUCGUCUGCAAGGAGGCAAGGAUUUCGGAGCUCCCUUGCUUAUACAGAAGGUGAAUGGCGGAAGCCUUGCGGAAAAGGCAGGUCUGCAAGCAGGAGAUGCUGUCAUCAGAGUCAAUGACGCAGAGCUUUUUCACCUUCGUCAUAAGGAAGCACAAGACUACAUUGUUAGGGCUGGCAACAACUUCGAAUUGACUGUGCAGAGGGGUGGCAGCACAUGGAAGCCGCAAGUGACGCCUGUAGGUCCAGCACCAGUUAAUUUCACCCCUGCUUCAAAUAUUCAGCCUGUUACCAAAACAUCACUAGCUGCCAAGAAGCAGGAUGGGCCGCAUAUUGGCGGUGGACACAACUUUGCACCUAAACCGUAUGGAGGACCACAAGUUAAUGGAAUAAGUGAUCCCACAGUCAAGUCAAUAGUCAACAAACAGUAUAAUACACCAGUUGGUAUCUACAGUGAAGAAACCAUAGCAGAAACUUUGUCAGCUCAAGCUGAAGUUCUUGCUGGAGGAGUAUUGGGAGUGAAUUUCAAGAAAAAUGAAAGAAUCUACAAUGCUGCCAAUAGUGAAGUACUCAAAAUGGUUCAAGAGAUUGACAGUGAGCCAAGAGAACUAGAACCAGCUCUGUCAUCCAGUACAUCAUAUUUCGCCACCUCCAGUCAUGCUGUGGGUGGGCGAGCCACCUCCCCCUGCCCCUUAACACCUCUGGCUCAACAGUUGCCAGCACCAUCUGCUCCUAGCAGCUAUCUACCAACAAAUGUCCCAUUGGACAUACCCAAAUGUUCGGAUUGCGAACGAGCGAUUGUUGGUGUGUUUGUACGUAUCAAGGACAAGAACCUGCAUGUAGAAUGUUUCAAAUGCGCAACGUGUGGAACAUCUCUCAAGAAUGUCGGGUACUACAAUAUAAACAACAAAUUGUAUUGUGACAUCCAUGCCAAGCUGGUGGCUAGACAAAAUCCCCCAGCACCAAACCUAGAACCAGUCACCGUUCCACCCGGUAGCCGGGUGCCGGCCGGUACUAUCUCUGCUGCACUCGCAAAGGUACCAGCUAGCCCAGCAUCUAACUUCGCUCCAGCACCAGUUCGAGUUGCUACAGCGCCUACUUACGCUCCAGCAGCAGCACCUGCUCCUGCAAGUCCUGGAAACCUUUCCCCCCAGCCAGGAACUCUUGGCCCUCUGCCCUUCCAUCCGGUUCACCAGCAAAGAAUAUCAGAAAAUAAUUUUGUAACAGAGAAUAAUAUGAAAAAUAUUAUUACGGCCCUUCCUGCAUUACACAUUGAUGAUUCCGAUUCAGAGAAAAAUCUUCCUGUACCAGUAACCACUAGACCAAAUAAGGCUCCAUCAAAUUUGGCUGGACCAAAACCAUUCAGUACUCCGUCUGCUCCAAUAACUAGUCCAGCACGCCCUGCUCCUGGUUAUUUCUCAACACUGAGGCCAAUAACCAACAUUAAAGUCCCAAAUGCAGGUGGUGGCGGUAUCGGUGCUCUCGGUGGGACCCAGAAGGGUGCGAGCUUUGCUGGUUCAUCAGCCCCUCGUAGGGGAAGGGGAGUGCUGACACAACAGAGUUCAGUUGGGGUCAGGAUAGCCUUAUGUGCCCGCUGCAGUUCACAGAUCAGGGGCCCAUUCAUUACUGCACUGGGUAAGAACUGGUGCCCAGACCAUUUUGUGUGCGUAAACGCCCAGUGUCAUCGCCCGCUGGCAGACAUUGGCUUUGUGGAGGAGAAAGGAGAAUUAUACUGUGAAUACUGCUUUGAGAAGUACUUGGCCCCAUCAUGUGACAAGUGUAGCACCAAAGUUAAAGGAGAUUGCUUGAAUGCAAUUGGCAAGCAUUUCCAUCCCGAAUGCUUCUUGUGUGCUUACUGUGGCAAGCUGUUCGGAAACAACCCAUUCUUCUUGGAAGAUGGUCUGCCAUAUUGUGAAACAGAUUGGAAUGAGCUUUUCACCACUAAAUGCUUUGCUUGUGGUUUCCCUAUUGAGGCUGGCGAUCGCUGGGUAGAAGCUCUCAGCAACAAUUAUCAUAGCCAGUGCUUCAACUGUACCAAUUGCAAGAAGAACUUAGAAGGCCAGAGCUUCUAUGCCAAAGGAGGACGCCCUUUCUGCAAGGCCCAUGCUCGUUAAGAGCGCAACACUAGCAAUUUGAUGUCACUUGUGACACAUUGGUUGAUGCACUUGUAGUUUGAGCUACUGUCAGUGAUUAUGAAUAACAAAUUUAUUUUUCGUCCAUUGUUGAACUCGCCCAGAUUUCUCAGUCUGUCAGUCAGUAGAAAGGCUAUUAAUUGGAAUGCUCAUCAAGACAAAACUGAAGUUUCAGAACCCUGAUUGGAGUUUUAAUGCAAGCCUUUCUAGAUACAGAACAUGUUAGAAUUUAUGCGUAUUUACCCUAGCACUUUAGCCAAAGCAAGUAGAGUCCUCUGACCUGAACUUCAGUCAUCUGAGUUUGUAGUAUAAACUGUCUACAUUUACCAUAUUCCUCGUCUUUCAUAUUCCUUUCGGAAAGAUUAUGCUUAUCGGAAUGUAAUAUAAUGUAGUAUAUUUCUAAUAAUUUUUCAAACAAAAAAUUGAGUAUUUAUACUUGAAAAUGUAUUAUAUUAAAUUUUGUGAUUAGCAGUGCCUUCAUUAAAUUCGGUAUAUGAAAACAGUACAGCUGUUAGUAGAUUUUCCAGUAGUGAUGUAAUAAGACAAAGGUACGGUCAAUGUUAAUGUUCCACAUAAUAAACAGUAUCCUGUGAAACAAGAGUUUUAAAUUUAAACUUGCUUUUUAUGAGAUAAAUCUGUCACAUACACAAAAAUUAGAGAAAUUUCUGUAUUCAGCUUGUUUCUUGUUGAAUGACUGGAAGUUGACAUUGGUUUAGAACAUCAAUACUAUACUGAAGUUACAAACACUGUUAUCCCACUGCCGCAUGAUGUUAGCGCUCAAGCUAAUUAUAUAGUUGUGUAUACAUGCCAAGAAAAUAAUAUAAUAAUGAAAUGACUGGACUUCAGCAGUUUUUCUGGGAGGAUUGUAUUGAUGAUCAUUGUUACAAUGGUUAUCAGUUACAAAUUGGUAACAGAUUGGAAAGGAUAUUGUUUCAUCUGUUUUAUGUUACUGUGUUGUAGUAUAUGCUUUUGGAAACUGAUGAAACAUAAACUUUCAGUCAAAUAUGAUUAGAAUUUGAUGUAGGUAAUUUCUAUAUUCAAAACAGCCAAGAAACUUACUCUUCAUAAUAAAACACAUUGAUCAGUUUCAUAAAUCAUAGUCUAUAAUACAAAUAGCAUAAUAUGUUGAAUAAUUCUAUCAAGAUCUUUGGAGUGAUUGUAAAUGUCAAUAGCAGACUUAAUUUUUUCUGAUACAUUGUUUUAUUGUUAACCUUUAUCCCAAUUAACAUGAGUUAUUUAAGUUGCCAAACUCUGUUUACUGCAGGUAAGUUCUUUUCCCUGAUGGUAAUGUAGUUUGAAAUAUUUACAUAUUGAUCUUCUGUAAAUGUUUUUUAUGUACAUGGUUCAAUACAUAUGGAUUGUUAGCUGUUUACCAGUCUUUUAAACUAUCUUAAGAUUUAUUAAUUAUUUUAAUGUUUACUGUGAAUUGUAACUAUUAGAUAUAUGUAACAUAAUAAGAUAUUAUAGAUCCUUCUUGCUUUGAAACAGCUUUGCAUUAUAAUUUUUCUGCUUCUUGGUACAUUAACAAUGAAGAUAUUGGAAUAUAUUAUUCAAGAUGUACUGUUUCAUUAUAUAAGUGUUUUAUUUUGGAUACCUUAUUAUAUUCAUUAUUCAAAAUUGGCUUCAAUGUGGACUUGAUAUGUCUUCAAAUGAUAAAUUAGUCCUUUACAAUUAAUAAUAUUGUGAACAAUACUACCACGGUCUUUCUGUAAUUUUAUUAUUGUUUCAGCACUUGCCCAACCUGUUAAUUUCUUGCAUAUCAUAUACAGUGUUAACUUAAUGUACUUACAAACUUAUUUUGUUCAUGAAUGAAAAUUUGAGAGCCUUAAGGUAUAAUCUUUGUAAAUACUAUGAGUAUAUAUUACCUUCAUAAUCCUUUCAUAAAAGCAUGCAACAACUGUUGGCAACACAGCAGAAACUGUGGUUAAAACAUGUUGAAAAGGAGAAAGUUGCGUGUGCCACUUCUAUUGUAUAUUUAUUGUGAUGCCUGAUGUAAAUGAAUAAAUGAAGGUUUGCAAACUUUCUAAACAAAUAA